GCUCUACACCAACGCUCGCAAAUUUAAUCUCAGGUUUUUGGCUGCUUUGGAUCUCUGUCAUUGCUCUCCCGGCUUCUGUCGAACGGGAUCGAAGCGCUGCUUCUCGUUCACUUCUGGAUUUCCUGAAUGCAGUAGGCGUGCUCUUGUAGUGCUUCCUACUGCGGGUUGUUCCUCGCACGACCAUUCUCAUUCGAGGACGACGCGCUGCUCUUCAUCUGCUUGAUGAUUCAUCCGAGAACGGGAUCGAUCCGCCGGGUCAGAGCGAAAGAUCUUCUUCUGAACAACACUCUCUGUUUCUGCCUACCCGCCCGGCACUAUAGUCAUCUGGGUCGGGCCAAAUCUAAGGCCCCGACCACCAAGAACUCCAAGCAGCCUUCGAGACACUCCCAACAUCGUCGGAAACCCGAUCCUUUCGUUACCAAAGUUAAGGAAGUCGAGGACCCAGAUGAGGCAUUGUCUCUUUUCUAUGAGUAUCGCCGGAUGGGCUUCCGGCACGACUACCCUUCGUAUUCUGCUCUCAUUUACAAGCUCGCUCGGUCUCGUAGUUUCGAGGCUGUUGAGGAGAUUCUGAGUCGCGUUGAGGAGACUGAUGUUCGCUGCAGGGAGAGCCUCUUUAUAGCUUUGAUUCGGCACUACGGGAAAGUCCAUUUGGUGGACAAGGCUGUUCGGCUAUUCCAAAGAAUGACUGACUUCAACUGUACCCGCACGUUACAGUCCUUCAAUACGAUUCUCAACGUUCUUGUCGAGAACGACAGGUUAUUGGACGCGGUUGAGUUACUCCAUCGCUCAUACAAAAUGGGUUUCCGGCCAAACUCGGUUUCUUUCAAUGUAAUUAUGAAGGGAUGGCUAGAAAAAGGAGAAUGGGAGACUGCGUGCAAGGUGUUCGAUGAAAUGCUAGAGAAAAAGGUUCAGCCCACGGUUGUAACGUAUAACAGUCUGGUAGGGUUCUUGUGUAGAAAGGGUGACGUUGAAAGAGCGAUGGGCCUUCUUGAAGACAUGACUCACAAAGGGAAAUAUCCUAAUGCCUCAACAUAUGCUUUGCUGAUGGAAGGUUUGUGUUUGUUAGGUAAGUAUGAGGAAGCUAAGAAACUUAUGUUUGAUAUGGAGUACAAAGGAUGUAAACCGGCGCCCGUGAACUUUGGUGUUUUGAUGAGUGAUCUAGGAAAGAGAGGUGAGACUGACAAGGCAAAGGAAUUGCUCAAAGAGAUGAAGAGAAGGAAGUGUAAGCCAGAUGUCGUGUCCUACAAUAUAUUGGUCAAUUACUUGUGCAAGGAAGGCAGACCUGCUGAGGCAUAUAAACUUUUGGUUGAGAUGCAAAUUGAAGGCCGUGAGCCCAAUGCAGCUACGUAUCGCAUGAUGCUCGAUGGCUUUUGUAAGGUUGAGGAUUUUCAAGGAGGCUUGAAGGUUCUUAAUGCAAUGUUGACAAGUAAGCAUUGUCCUAUGGCCGAUACUUAUUGCCGUUUGGUUGAAGGGUUGUUGAGGAAUGGAAAUAUAGAUGAUGCAUGCUUCGUAGUUGAGGGGAUGGAGAAGAGAAAGAUCAGAGUUGAGCUGGAGUCUUGGGAGGUUCUAGCUAGCCAUGCUUGCGGGGCAGAUGGAGGUGCCAUGGAGCUUCUUACUGAAUUGUCUCUGGAGGAAUUCUAGUCCUCAGCCUUCACCAGAAUUGUGAAUCCAUGGGCAAAAUUCCGAGCUUCCCAUCUUAUUGCAUAAGUGAACACGAGACAUAAGUUUGACCAAGAGGCGGGCGAGAUAAUCGACCGUAAGCGGCUGUCCAAGUAGGAAUUGUCUUCAUGUAUUAAGAAAUAAGGUAUUGCUUCUGUGUACUACCUUUAUAUCCUCUGGAAAGUAAUGUAAAUGGGGUUGAUUAUGCUCUAA